AUGGAGCCAAGGGGAAUGAUUGGCGUCAUGUAUCAAAUUCAGAAAGAUUCUGUCACAGAAGAUCUGGCUUCACGAAACGACGAUGAUGAUGAAUUUGCUCCGACGGAAACAAACCGCUAUGCUCUCUGUAUGGAGCUUUGCAGGCAAGAUUAUUCUCAGGGCGGUUUUGUCCAUUGGGACUUGACAGAAGUCAUGAUCUGA